UGCGAACAAAGCGCGGGGAUUCUGUCUGCUGUCGGCUUUGCGUAUAGCACAUGUAUAAUCGUCUACAUUUGGGGUGUGAGGGAGGGGGGAGGGGGAGGGGAAUAAGAGGGGGAGGGGGCUCACUGGAAAACAAGGAUGUGAAUUCAUAACGGCGGGGAGGGGGAGAGAAACCAGGAAGAUGAACAAUAUACAGAAUUUACGAACAUGAAAACAACAUCCAGUGACUCCAGUUGACACGUGAGCGCGGUUCAGACGCGUCCAGGCUGACUGUCCUUAACAACAAGCUACCGGUUUUCUCUAAAUCUAUAAAAUAAAGCCACCCCCUCCCUCCAAAACAAAGGUCAAAGUUCACAGGAAGCUGGGGGGCUGCCAUUUUUCCCCCUGCUAACAUGUUAGAUGCUAAAACGAAGAGGGGUGGUCGUUGUUGAAAGCGUUUUGUUUAUUUUUUUUUUUAAACCGCAGGGAUUGUUUUUUUUUUCUUUUUCGUUCUGUUUAUGUUCGUUUAGCCUCUCCGGCACAUGCGCUAGUCGUUGUGGUUAAUGGAAGGCGGCAUGGAGAGAACCGAACAGCCGUGGAAUUCUUCCUACACGUACCAGGUGAGCAAGCACAGCGCUGAGAUGCUACACAACCUGAACAGCCAGAGAAAAGAUGGAGGCAGAUUCUGCGAUGUGAUCCUGCGCGUCGGAGAGGAGAGCUUCCCGGCGCACAAGGCGGUGCUGGCGGCGUGCAGCGAGUACUUCGAGUCGGUGUUCAGCUGUCAGGGCGAGGGCGACAGCGAGGGCAAAGAGCUCGAGAUGCACACUAUCAGCCCGAAAGUUUUCCGAGACAUCCUGGACUUUGCGUACACGUCGAAGAUCGUGGUGCGCCUGGAGUGCUUCCCGGAGCUCAUGACGGCCGCCAAGUUCCUGCUGAUGCGCUCGGUUAUCGAAAUCUGCCAGGAGGUGAUCAAACAGUCCAACGUGCAGAUCCUGGUGCCGCCGUCCCGCGGUGGAGAGCUCAGCUUCCUGUCAAACGCCAUGCACGCUGACGUGCCGAACGGCGCCGUGUUUACUAACAGACUCAGCUUGGACGGUGACAGUGCGAGCGCUCUGAACAGCAGCUCCCACCCGAUUGGCCUCCACGUCUCCCCGUCAGCCUUCACGACAAACCCGGUAAACGGCGAGGCCUCUCCUAACUCCAAGCGAGCCAGAGGACGGCCCAAGAAAGAAGAUCCUCCAGCCCCGGGCGUGUACAAUAACGGUACGACUGACGACGGUGAAGCUCAUGAAAGUCCUUUUCCUGGUGGCAUUUGUGGUAAAAUGCUGAGCGACGCGGUGCAGCUGAGAAACCACGAGGCCCAGCAUGGCUCUGCAGCAGGAGAGCUCGUGUCCGUGGAUAUAACGGCCGUAACGGUUCCGCCUCAACCCCAGAACUGCGUGCAGACGGACGGGCCCCGCAAACGGGAGAGGACGAGACGGCACGUGGGCUGCGAUCUGUGCGGGAAGGUGUUCCGAGACGUCUAUCACCUCAAUCGACACAAGUUGUCCCACUCCGGGGAAAAGCCAUACGCGUGUCCUGUGUGCGGCCUGCGGUUCAAGCGCAAAGACAGGAUGUCGUACCAUGUGCGCUCUCACGAUGGAGCCGUGGGUAAACCGUACGUGUGUCAGAACUGCGGAAAAGGCUUCUCCAGGCCAGACCACCUUAAUGGACACAUCAAGCAGGUGCACACCACUGAGAGACCUCAUAAAUGUCAGAUUUGUAAUGCCUCCUUUGCAACACGAGAUCGUCUGAGGUCUCACCUGGCCUGCCACGAGGAUAAAAUCCCAUGCCAAGUGUGCGGCAAGUUCUUAAGGGCUGCUUAUAUGACAGAUCACCUGAAGAAACACAGCGAAGGACCUCACAACUACUGCAGCAUAUGCAAUAAAGGUUUUUCCACUGCGUCCUACCUAAAGGUACAUGUAAAAACACACCACGGCUCGUCCAUGCUCCCUUCUUCCACAGCUCACCAGUUCCUAGAGCCGCGUGACAACGGCCCGCAGAUGCACAACGGUGCCCCCUACCACUCAGGACGCCAAUGCGCAGUGGAAGACCUUUGCACCAGUCGCCGGAUUCUGAUGCCCUUUCCUGACACAGAGGGGUGUUUUCGGGGGUUUUCUGGGCCUGCAAUUCUCGCUCAACCAGGCCCUCCUGCCCUCGGUGUGCAGCCUGAGCUGUGGGAGCGGCACUGUGGCGGAGCACCAGGCCUCCCGUUGCACACACCUCUCGCAGACGGGCAGGAAAAUGCUGCGAAAUGCCCACAUCAGGAUGCUGAGGAGUCAGACUCUGCAUUCGGGGACCUUUCUAAUGGAACCGAGCUCAAACUGGAGCAUAAGGCUGAGGAAAAGGAGCUCGAAGUGACCUCGCUUAUCUUCAAUGGCGCAACGGACGGCACAGCAAACACACCGUGUGGCUCCAAACAGAAGACAGAUGUGGAGAAAAAGUUUGCGUGUGGCUUAUGCGGCCAGACCUUCCGCACUAAAUCCUACCUCAACAAGCACCAGCACCGAGUGCACAAGAAACCCAGCGGGACAGUGUCCAGUCUCGGAGAUCUGGGUUCUCCUUUUUCGCCACAGCAGAACAUGUCGCUGCUCGAGUCAUUUGGUUUCCAAAUAGUCCAGUCAGCCUUUGCGUCAUCACUAGUGGACUCUGAGGUAGGGAGCAAUGCUGUAGGCUUGGGGGACAAGUGAACACUGGCUCGUACGUGACGUCCACAGCUUUGAGGGGAACUGCAGUUCUACCUUUUAUCAUCAAUACCAUUGUAAACUGUUGUCUUUUUUUGUUGCUUAUUGUUACCCUUCAUUCAGUUGAUUUAAUGUUUUGACAUGCAUGUUUGCCAGAAAAUUUUCCAUUUUUGUUAACAUGAAGCAGCCAAGUAUUCAAAAUCAGAGUAUAUAUUAAUGAUUAUCACACAGAGCCUAUUUAACCCAAGUUGACCUCAUUCAGAUCAUUUUGUGUGGAUACAUGUGACAAAAACCCCAGGGCACAAACGACACUGGAUGCCCCAGGUUCUGAAAUAGUUAAGUUAAAGAAUGAUGACAAAUUUAAAUCUUGUUCCCAAAUUCAUAGUUCUUAACACUAUUUUCUUUUUUACUUUAAUUUGUAUUCGCCAGAUGGAUUGUACGGUGUCAUGCAAACCUCGUAUGAGUUUUGAAUAUUUAACAGGGACCAAUUUCAGGUAUGACUGUAAGAUAUUACCAGAGAUGAAGAGUAUAUUUUAUUAACUUAUUGAUUUUGGUGUCCCAUCUCCUUUAUUAAAUGGUUUAUAUAAAGUCAUUGGUAGACUUUAGAUCUGUGCUGUGCUAUUUUGUCUUUGAAUUAUGUGUUUUAGAGGAGGCCAGGAAGAGUGUGAAUGCAACUCUGUGCGUGCGUAACACACAUCAUGGUCUCUUAUUAAGAGAAUGUAAUGUAAUCAGAGGGCUUUUUAAGGUUUUUAAUAUAUCAGGACUUUUUUCUAUGUGCGUCCAAACAUUCCUGCUUAACUUAAGAAUUCCUAUUCAUGAUGUGUAUAUGUUGUUGACAUAUGAAAGAAAUAUGUAUAUACAAAUACUUCUAUAUGGCCGAUAUUAAGUUUGUUUAUUCUAUAUAAUGGGACUCUGUGUAUAUAACUUUCUGUGGCCAUUAUGGUUCAGUAGAAGCUUAAGUUUUGAGGCAGAGAGCCUAAGUUGUAUUCAUUUGGUUUAAGUAAAUUCGCUCUUGUAUCUUUUAUUACACUGUAGUGGUGUGUGUUCAUAUAAACAUUUUUUUUGUGGAAUGAAUAUGCCAAUAGUGUGUCAGAUUUAAAUUUCUGUUUUUUUUUCCCUUUUCUUUUUUUUUCUUUGUUUAUUUAAGUUUGAUCCUUCAGACUAACAAUGUAAGUACUUUGAGCAAAUGUGAUUGCGUAGUGGUUAUAAUAUCAAAAAUCAUUUAAAGAUAUAUGCCUGUGAGAGGCCUGCUUUAUGUUCGUACACUUAAGAAGUUAGAACUUGUAAGGGUUGUUUGUGGGGAAACUUUAAAGCUUAAACAUUGUAUGUAGAGCCCUACAUCAGCACAUUUCCCCCAUUAGACCAGAUUCUAAUUACACCACAUUGUGGAAGCGAAAAAACCUAGCUCUGAUGCAUUUCCACGUUGGAGUGAAAGUUUCAAAGUGAAGGUUUUAUGCGAGCAUGAUUUAGCAACUUAUUUUAUUUUUCAUGUAUUUAUUAUUAUUGUUUUUCAAAAUGUUCCAAAAAAUAUUUUCUACUUCAGCCCACAUUAGCUUGAAACUGUAUAUGAUUAUUAUUUUUUUUAUGUUAGCUCUGAAAUAUAUAUAUUUAAUUAAUUAAUUUAUGUUUGGAAAGCAUCCUUAUUAACCCCAAGUGUGAAGAGAGGAAGUAUGCAACUACCCAGGAUUCCCCUCAUGACAGCAUUAUUUGACACUUCUAGCUGACUCACAUAAUCCUCCCACCUCACUUUCUGAAAUGAAUCACCCCAGCACUCUUAAUCUGUGUUCUGUUUAACCCUUUAUUUAUGUAAAAGAUUGACGUGGCCAUUUGGGAAGGUCCUGUGAUUAAAAUACUGAUAUGCCGUCUUUUAUGUUUAAGUGGCACAUUGUAUCACUGGAAGUGUGUGUUUUUUGUUGUUGUUGUUGUUUGUUUUAUUUGCAUUUUGCUUAUGUUUUCAUAUAACCAUAUGUUGCAAAGUGCCUUCCCAGUACUGAUUGUGAAUGGGUAGGAAAAUCUGUCAUUAAUAGGACCAUCUUAUGAAUAACCGUGUACAUAAAGUAAUUUGCAUUGACACUUUUGUAUAAGGACAUGCACAUAGAAAGGAAAAUGUACAUUUGUAUGUAUGUUUGUUAUUCUAUCUUUGUUCUCUGACAAAAAGUUUCUUUGCAAUUUCAGUCAAGAAUUUCAUUGAUUUUUGGAUAUAGGCAUACUUUUCUAUUGAUGGUUUUUGUUUUUGUACACUGUUUUGUGUCUCUGUUUCUUUGCUACAGAGAUGAGUAUAAAAUAAAAUUGUAU